UUCGCAUAGGAGAGGGGAGCGGCCUUCCUUCUCGUCUUCCUGAGGCUUGUUCGUUCAGCUCUCCCACCCAGCUUACUUGGAGCCUUGGAGGAGUGCAACCAUCAAGCCGUCACUCCACUCCCUCACCCGCCCCGCCUGCAGUGCUUCUUCGCCAGCGCCUCCAUGUCGUUCUCGACAGGCACCUCCUCGUCCCGUGGGAGAAAGAAGGAUAAUGUGCCCGAGCCUCAGAAUUCCAUCACUGUAGCACAAGAGUUUGCUACUCGAGUGGUGCAAGCGCGAAUUCAGCAACGUCGAAGGAAUAAUGCCGACUCCCAUUUCUCUGGUACUAAACUGGGUGGCCGCACUACGCCAAAGAAGAUGAUCGUUGGUGGGUUCGUUAGAUCGUUUAAAUUCGAGUAUAUUCGUGGUCGGACCAUAGCUCAAGGGACUAUGCGUAUUGAAGAUGGCUCUGGGGAUUUUGAUGAGGUUGACGUGACCGCUGUAAUUCUAAAACCAGAUGAAGCAGAAGACGGAGUAGUUGCCCAAAGAAUCGUCGAGGAAACCCAAAAGCUUGCCGAUUACUCGCACGCGAUAGUGGAGGCCUAUUUCAGUGCUUACUGCGAACAGAUAAAGCGAUGGGUUGUGGUUUAUGAAAAGUUUGAUGGCUACUUUCAUGAAAACACAGACGGGUUUGAAUUCUUUAAAGAUGCAGAAAAAACAGAAUUGACAGAGUCUUGGAUGAACACAAUAAGGAAGUUCAUAGAGGUUCUUUCCUUCGCGAGAGUGAGAAAGGUGUUCCAUCAUGGUCUUUCCAAAAAAUCCAGCUAUGUCGUUUCUUCGGGAGCAGUGAAACUGAUUAACGUAGCACGGCACACAGGUAGAUGGCUAGUUACCCAAGACAUAAAGGAUCUCAGCAAGUAUUUCAUGGAAGAUGAAUUUUUCGGGGCUGCAGCAAGUGAUGAUUGGAGAAGUCUUGAUUGUCUUCUCAAUUCCGGUGCAAUGACCAGUGAUCAUUGGGACACAAAUGUACUGGGCCACCCACUUCUAUUGGGUUCCGCUGAUGCUAAACUCGGAAGUUAUGAAUUGGCUGAGAUUUUUAUGUGGUCGCACAUGACUGGACAAGAACGUCUUGAGUACUCAAAUGCCAUGUACUUUCUGCUGGAUCGGUACCAGGGGCAUAAAAUCAAAGAUUACUAUAUAAAUGACCCCAAUCGUGCCCUAUACGACCGUAUCUAUAAUUUGGGCGCGUAUAAUAAUUCCAUCUAUUGUGACAUCGUUCAGUUUGUAAGGAACCUCAGACUGCAUCACGAGGAGCACACUCUUGCGCUCAAGCUCGAUUCUUGGAGUAAUGAAUUCAUCGUUGAGGAGAUAACAAAACUGUUUCGUGGGGUCAUGAGUAUGGCAUACUCCGUUGCACAUGUGCCACGUAAUGAAUGGAAGAAACUGCACAAGAAGCACGUUACGCUUCCAUAUUGACGGCUCAGCUUGCAGGGGCAUAGCUGCAAAAAGGAUGACGAACUUGAGGUCCGCUGGCCUAGGAAAAAAGCUUGGGAAACGCAGUUGUUUGCAACCUUUUAGCUUUCUCUAGAUUUCGUAGUUUGUGACACUGAUUUAUCUGAAGUACUACUAGUUAAGCAGCUCAAAAAAGUAUAUUCCUGAGAUUCCAUAUGGAUCAAGUCAGUUUAUUUGAUGUAUCACCUCCACCUCGUAAUCUAAACUGUUAGGACCGGAGAAUGAGACUUAUUUAUGCCACCAGUUUGUAGCACUGGAUU